UUUUACUCUGAACUGCGCAUUCGCACUGUUCAGUGUACAAAUAAACCGUAGAUUUCUACAGUACAAUGUUGCUAUUCAAAAUCAUCUCAUGUCCAUGGUUUUUGAUAAGUUUCCUCGUGCCGUGUUAUGGCAGCCUGCAACUGGGCUUUUCUAAACUUCAGCGAGGACACAGACUGGACAGGAAACUGAUCCAAUCCUUCCCAGAACUCAGUUUCUUGGACUGUGUGAUAGAAUGUCUAGUAACACCACGAUGUAAAUCUGUCAACUAUUUCAAAGGGGCUAAUUUCUGUGAAAUCAAUUACGAAAAUAAGACGACAGCAGAGACUAGGUACAUGGAGAGUGCUGGAUGGGUGUACAGUGAAAAGGAGCAUUGGCCUAAGGAGCUGGCUGGAGCUUGUUCGAACUCAACCUGUGGAAUCAACCAGACAUGUAAACACAAGAAAUAUUCCGAGGAUAAAUUCUUUGAAUGUGUUUUGUCAGAUUGUGGAAUACCCGAUCAAAAUGGAAUAGAUCUGAAUACAACACGACGUGAGGACGCCAUUGGUCUACACAGGAGGAUACACGCCUCAUGUUUUGACGGAUACUCCCAGUCUGGUUCAGGAUGGCUGAUCUGUCAGUCAAACGGAGAGUGGAAAUACGACAUUGUCUGUACAGUUCUGCCGAACAUUGCAUUACGUAAACCUGCCAAACAAUCAUUAACAUUACUUCACUAUCACGCCACGUAUGCAGUGGAUGGCAAUAGAGGAACUGACGUUGGUGUAGACAUGUGUGCAGUCACAGGUGAUGGCGACAGCAAUCCCUGGUGGAGGGUGGAUCUGCAGGCUGUGUAUACCAUCACAUCUGUCAGAAUACUCAACAGAGGAAUAGAUAAUUCAUACGGAACAGAUUUGUCAUACCGGCUGAAGGAUGUUACCAUCACCGUGGGAAUGACAGAAUCAGAUGUGAACACUCCCUGUGGUUUCUUUGCUGGUCCCGGUACUGCGUCACAGCUGGUCGUCAUCGACUGUCCGACAUCAACACAGGGGAGAUUCGUAAAGAUCUCCAAGACAACAGAGGCCCUCACGCUUUGUGAAGUUGACGUGUUUGGCGUACCCGUCUAAUCAUCAAAUUAAUUGGUGUCAUAGAUAAAAAGUUACCGUAUAAAAAAAAAUGCAUUUGUUUGUGCAUCCAGGAUAACUAAUUAUGUAUCUUUUUUAAUUCAGCUGGACAAGUCUUAAUUAUGCCUUCAGUCAGCUCAAGCAUACAUGUAUCUUUUACAACAUAUACCACAGCAUACAAUUUGACAGAGCACUGUAAUCUUUUACCACUGCUUUGGAAUCCGAUAUCAUAACAUAUAAUCUCAUGAUUGCAAUUCAUCAUAUCAUAACAUAUCAUACAGCAUGGUUUAACUCACCUUUAAAUGAUUAUAUUUUAAAAAGAAAUAAUGUAAAUAUUACAGAACAGUGGUGGGCUUUGGCUUCUAAUCAUUUUAAUUCAAAUGUGUUGAACUCUUCUGUAUAAAAAGGCGUUUUCGUGCAAUUGUCAUAGCAUACCAUAACAUAUCUUAUCGUUAAGCCUUUCAUUUCAAAGUUUCAUACCAUAUCAUUGUAUUAGUAUAGCAUAUCCUCAAAAUAGUAUAGCAUAUCAUUUAAAUCAUAACCAUAGCAUAGCGUAAUUAUAAUUGUAAAAGAUAUGCAUGACAUGAUUAUUUACAUGUAUAUGUUCGAUAUGUUGCGGGAUGACUCUAUCUUAUCUCAUUUACAUGCAUAAUACUACAUACACUGGAUAUAUUGACUGUGAAUCUUUCAUGUACCUUAAUAUGUAUCAACAUUUACAAAAUUCGUUCGAAUCAAUUCGUGUUGGGUUUUUUCUGUGUUAUUAAUGUUGUGUCAAUAAAUAACAACCGAGUUUU